AUGGGGGACAGAAGCCCCUUCGCAACGGAUAUGCUCACCCUGACCCGCUACGUUAUGGAAAAGGGGCGUCAGGCCAAAGGCACCGGGGAGCUCACACAGCUGCUCAACUCCAUGCUGACGGCCAUCAAAGCCAUCUCCUCGGCCGUGCGCAAGGCUGGCCUGGCCCAUCUGUACGGAAUCGCGGGAAGCGUGAACGUGACAGGGGAUGAGGUGAAGAAACUGGACGUGUUAUCCAAUUCCCUGGUCAUCAACAUGCUCCAGUCCUCCUACAGCACCUGCGUCCUGGUCUCGGAAGAGAAUAAAGACGCACUUAUCACCGCCCAGGAGAGGAGGGGGAAAUACGUGGUCUGCUUUGACCCACUGGAUGGAUCUUCGAACAUCGACUGCCUGGCCUCCAUCGGAACCAUAUUUGCCAUCUACAGAAAGACCUCAGAGGAUGAGCCUUCUGAAAAGGAUGCCCUGCAGCCGGGCCGCAACAUUGUAGCUGCGGGCUAUGCACUCUAUGGAAGUGCAACACUGGUGGCUCUUUCCACUGGGCAAGGAGUGGACCUCUUCAUGCUUGACCCAGCUCUUGGUGAAUUUGUCCUGGUGGAAAAAGAUGUGAAGAUUAAAAACAAGGGAAAGAUUUACAGCCUCAAUGAGGGUUAUGCCAAGUAUUUUGAUGCCGCCACCACAGAAUAUGUGCAGAAAAAGAAAUUUCCUGAGGAUGGCAGUGCUCCCUAUGGGGCCAGGUAUGUGGGCUCCAUGGUGGCUGACGUGCACCGCACCCUGGUCUAUGGAGGCAUCUUCCUGUAUCCAGCGAACCAGAAAAAUCCGAAGGGCAAGCUCCGGCUCUUGUAUGAGUGCAAUCCUGUGGCCUACAUCAUCGAGCAGGCAGGAGGCAUGGCGACCACAGGCACCCAGCCUGUGCUGGAUGUGAAGCCUGAGACCAUUCACCAACGAGUCCCCAUCAUUCUAGGGUCCCCGGAUGAUGUGCAGGAAUAUCUCACCUGUGUACAGAAAAACAAGGCAGGCAGGUAG